AUGCUAACGUUACAGAGUUGGGUGUGUGCUAGAGACAAGCACAGGCAAACGGUUUACAGGAGCCAAUGUCGAAAAUGCAUCUUAUGGAGCGGGGGUUUGUGCAGAAAGGGCAACUAUAACAAAAGCAGUGGUAUGUAUGAAACUAGAAUCCGAGAGAAGUAUUUCAAAAUGAGCAUGGAACGAACUAACGAUUUGACAGACAGAAGGCCACAAAAAGCUUAA